AAUUCAGCUGUCAAACUCUCCAGGCGUUUAGGAAAAAAACAACUUGUUCUCGCAGAUAUUUUUUAGCAACAUUCCAACAUUCCCCCGCGAAUGGGAUGAAAAGUGCAAUUAAUUCCAAACUAUGUGAAAACGUUUCAAGAUAGUUUGUCGCAGUUUUUUCUUUGUCUCUUACUACAUCGCGAAGUCUUAAGAGAAGAAAAUGAAAACAAAACCUAAUAUCUAUCACGAAAAACAGUCAAGACAAUUGUGCGCUCUGCACACUUUGAAUAAUUUAUUUCAAAAAUCUGAUACUUUCACCAAAGCAUUACUAGAUGAUCUGUGCCUUCAGCUUACACCAAAUUCUUGGAUUAAUCCACACCGCUCUAUUUUUGGACUAGGGAACUAUGAUGUCAAUGUUGUCAUGGCAGCUGUACAACUUAUGGAUUGUGAGAUGGUGUGGUGGGACAAGCGAAGAAAAAUAACUCCACAUGAAGUCAACAGUGCUGUUGGUUUGAUACUAAAUCUGCCAAGCCCAAGUAAAGUUGGUGGUUUGCUAUUUCCAUUCAAAACAAAACACUGGCUCGCAAUAAGGCAGUUUGACUCAGUUUACUACAAUCUGGAUUCAAAAUUAUCAUCACCAGAGACCAUAGGAGAUGUCCAGCAGCUCAUAGAACAUUUAACAAGACAUCUAGAUGAAGAUGACUGUGAACUCUUUCUUGUUAACUCUACAAAGCCAUGUACACUUGCAGUUGCUGAACAGAUGUAA